CUUCCAAAAAUCUCUCAGAGCCUUCGUUUGCCUAUUUAACCCAACCCCGGAUCAAAUCCACACCACAGAAUCCAUCCAUCACAUAAGCAAAUACCCAAAAUGAAGACCGCAGUCCUUGCUGCGUGUGGUGCAGCCCUCAUCGGCAUUGUCUCAAGCAACCCACUCCCCGGCGGAAACAACGGCGGAUACAACGGGCAACACCAUGGCCAGGAUCUCCCCCAUGACCAUUGGAGGACCAACUACGGGGUCCGCCUCGGUAAUGAUAAGGUGAAGGCUAGCCUUCAGCCUUCGUCGAGAUACGUCUACGAUCCCGAUUAUUCUGGGAAUCGCCGAUCGAGCUCUUCCCACAAUGGGGGAACCAAGAUCGCCGUCUCUCCUGUUCCUAUCAAGAAGUACCACCCGCAUCCGCACUAUAGUAUUGUCCCCUAUAUCAGCUCGGAUAGCAGCUCUAGCAGCAGCUCGAGCAGUAGCUCCAGCAGCAGCUCCGAUAGCAGCUCCGAUAGCAGCUCCAGCAGCAGCUCCAGCAGCAGCUCCGAUAGCAGCUCCGAUAGCAGCUCCGAUAGUGAUACCGAUGAUGAGUGGUAUUACCCUCAGAAGCACCACAAGAAUCACCACAAGGAUCACCACAAGAAUCACCACAAGGAUCACCACAAGAAUCACUACAAGAAUCACCACCGCAAGGAUGUCGAUGAUUCCAACGUCCAUUCUCGCCGAUCCGUCCAGGAACCCGCCGAGGAAGCCGAUCCAGUGAAGCGAGACUCUGUUGACUGGGGCAAAGAUCGACUCGACGAAAAGUAUGCUUGCUACAAUGGCCGUGGCUGCGCGAUCACGGGCCUCAUUCUCGAUGACCCGGAUAAUGGGCACCUCCGGGACUUUGCUGACAACGGGCGUCUUUCCACGUCGAAGGUGAAGGGUCAGGCUAAGUGGAAGCCAGUCAAGGGCUCGUUUGGACACUGCCCAAGCCAGAAGUGCGAGGAAGGCCAGAACAGCCGCAAGUGUCACGGUUGUCAUUGAUCGUGGUUGGAAGCAACCGCCACCCAUGUAUGCUCGUAAGCAUGGGCUGGGCUCGAGAGCAGCAGACGUUAGUCUCUACUCUUGGGGUCGUUCGCAGUAAUUCGUAGUUUAGUUCUUUAGUCUAAGAGUCAAAUCCACCCUCACUCCUUUACCUGC